AUGACAGCUGUUAGAAGACUCGGACCAAACCCAUACAUCAAGCUGCUCGCAGGCCACGUUCCAAGAAUCGGCGCCUGGGCCGGCCUGAUGGGUGUCUUUCUAGGAUGGCCUGCUCUUGGCAAAUGGGCCAACAAGGCUGGCGUGUGGAACGUCUGA